UCUUAACCGCGCCUUGCAAUUGAAAGUGGUUAAAACACAAGACGCGUUGGAAAUGGGGAGGCAUUGCCCCAUCCUGGAUUACUCUCAGGCCGGCUGUCGAGGGAGGAGAUUUCGCUGAGGAACGAGCAGCCGAGGGUCGCGGGGAGAACGGGAAGUAAGUGAUGGCCGCAGCUUGAUGGAUGGAGCUGACGCAAAGUACAAAACACAAACAUUAGGGAGCUUGCAUGACUGUUUGAAUCCGUUGCUGCCCCCCUAUCCUGGAGCAUGAUGGAGUGAAACUAAUCUCGCCCAAAUUGUUCGUUGCUUUAAAAAAAACGUUGGCCAGUUUUUUUGCAAACCAACGGCAAAAAGAAGCUGCCAGUUUUUGUUUAGAAAGCGACCUUUGCACCGUUUUGCAAAGGAACAGAAAAAGACAGUCCAUCUUUGCGAAGGAAUGAAUUAACAACUUUGCCCAGUUUUGCAAAACAACGACAAAAAAAAGUCUUGUCAGUUUUCUGCACAGGAAGGAAAAGAGAAGGACUUUGUUCAGUUUUGCUAACGGAGGAAAAUAAAACAAACGAGUCCAGUUUUGCAAAACACCGACAAAACAAGUUGUCAGCUUUUGCACAGGAAGGAAAAUAGUAGGAUUUUGGCCAGUUUUGCAAAGGGACAAUCUUGCAGUUUUGCAAAACAUCAACGACUGAAAAAGUCUUUCAGUUUUUGCAAAUGAGGAAAGCAAAGAAAAACCUUGCCUAGUUUUGCAAAACAGCGACGAAAAAAAACUGUCAGCCUUUGCACAGGAGGAAAAUAAAAUGACUUUGCCCAGUUUUGCAAAAGGAAAACGACGAAAAUAAUUUUCUUGCAAAGGAAGAGCAGAGAAAAGAUUUUGCGUAUUUUUUGCAAACGAAGAGGACAAAAUUAAAGGACUUGGAUGGUUUUCCUGACUCCAAACCAGAAAACCAAGUCAGACACUUUGGGAAUUUGGUGUGAGUGGUAAUGGCAGGGGGUUGGUGCAUGGUCUAAGAGUACAUUUGCAAAAGAGAGAUGCAGGGCUCCGCUGCAAGUGGCGAGAUGGCAAACUAUCGGAAGAUCGGGCGGACGGAGGAGGAGAGCCCCCUGCCUUUCGCUGACCUGCCGGCGGACACGGUGGAGAUGCGGGUGAAGGAGGGCAGCAAGAUCCGCAACCUGAUGGGCUUCGCGCUGGCCCGCAUGGAGCUGGAGGGGACGCGGAGGAUAGUAUUCAGCGGUUCGGGCCGGGCGGUCACCAAGACUAUCACCUGCGCCGAGAUAAUGAAGCGGAGGCUGGGAGGUUUGCACCAGAUCACCAAGCUCCGUCCGAGGAGCCUGCGGGAGACCUGGCAGAGCAGCACCGCCGGCAGUGCGGGUGCCCUCACCCUGCUCAAGACCGUUCCGUCCGUCUGCAUCCUGCUAUCCAAGGAGCCCUUGGACCCGGCCGAAGCCGGCUACCAGCCUCCGGACUGCGGACCGCCGCUGUGGCCGGAGCCGGCCGCUGGUGUCCGAACGGGGCAAGAGGAGCGAGGUCUCACCCCGGUCAACCGGGGCAUCAAGCGCCGCUCCCGGGGGAGCGACAGUAGCGGCGGCUGCUGCGGGGGCGAGACGGUCCCGAAGCUCAGCAAAGGGGAAGAGGCCAGUGAGGGCGCUUCUUUCCCCGGCUACACUUACCUCCCGAACCCCCAGCAGUAACACACAGACCGCUGGCACAAGUGAUAGUGCCCCUUGCCCCUACACCGGGAGUGUGUGAUAUAACGUCUCUGAUCAGGUUCAUAUUUUAAAAAGUCACUUCACCAUGAGGGGUCCUGUUGUGGUGCAGCGGUAGUGUUCCUGGUCCUAGACCAGUGAACACCACCCACCCCCAGCCCCAUCCUUGUUGGAGUUCCACCAGCUCCAGAGGGUGUGUCAGACCAUCUCUGAACAGGUCGGAAAAAGAUCACCUCAUCAUGAGCGGACCUGUUGUGGUACAGCGGUAAUGUUCCUGCUCAUAGACCAGUGCCCUCCCCUCCCCCAUCCUUAUUGGAGUCCCACCAGCUCUAGAGGGUAUGUCAGACCAUCUCUGAACAGAUUGAAAAAAAGAUCACUUUGCCAUGAGGGGUCCUGUUGUGGUGCAGCUGUAGUGUUCCUCUCCUAGACCACAAUCUCCCCCUCAUCCUUGCUCAUGUUUGACAACCUCUUGAGGAUGUGUCAGAGCAUCUGUAACAGUUUAAAAAAUCACUUUGCUAUGAUGGGCCCCCUAGUGGUGCAGCGGUAGUGUCCCUGCCCCUGGACCAGACCCCCCCCCCAUCCUUGUUGACGUUCUACCAACUCCAGAGGAUGUGUCAGACCAUCUCUGCAAAGGUUAAAAAAAUCACUUUGCCACAAGGGGCCCUCUUAUGGUGCAAUGGUAGUGCCCCUACUCCUGGACCAGGAGGGUGUUAUAUCAUUUCUGAACAGGUUAAAAAAUCAUUUUGCCCUGCGGGCUCUUGUAUUGGUGCAGUAAUAAUGUCCAUUACAUCUCUGAACGGGUUAAAAAUAUCACUUUCUCCUGAGGGCCUUCUUCUGGUACAAUACUGGCCCAACCCUUGCACUGGGUAGCACUGCUUCGAGUCCCACCUGCUCCAGAGAUGAGUCGUACCAUCUCUGAACAGGUUAAAUAAAAUCACUUUGUGGUGAGGUCUAGCCCCAAGACGUCAGCUUUCCUGCUCCUGUGAUGCUGCUUGACCUGCUGUGUUCAUCCAGCUCUACACCUUGUUCUCUCACUUUGUUAUGAGGGCCCUCUUUUGCUACAGUGGUAGUGUACCUAUUGCUGGACUAGGUUAUGUGUCAUAACAUCUCUGAACAUGGUAAAAAAAAAUCACUUUCUAACAAGGGCCCUGUUGCGAUACAGUGGUACUAUGCCUCCCUCCAGACUGGUUGGCCCGGAUUCAACUCCAGCUUGCUGCAGAGGUGCGUGAUACCAUCCACCUCUGAACAGGUUGAAAUAGAAAAGAAAAUAUGGCAGGGGCUCUGUGUGGCACAGUGAUAAUGUCGCUACUGCUGGGCCAGGAGGCCCAGUCAAAUCCCAUCUGUUCUGGAGUUGUGCUGUAACAGGAAGUUGUUUUGAAUUUUCUAUCAUAUAUACUAGACUAUAUACCCAAUCUAUACAAUUAUAGGGCACUUUGUAAACAUUAAAAUGCACAGAGAAAAUUAAUACUGUGUGUAGGUGUGUCAUGAUACAGUGGAGAUGCAUUGUUAAGUUCCUGAAUGUUAGAAGGCCUUUAGAACAAUAAGCAAAAAGAAGACAUAAAGGAAGGGAAACUUUAUUGCAACUUCAAAACCAGCAUGAAAGCAAAGUUCCCAAAGAUCGCAGACUGGAUGCUGCCAGACUUGCUGAGUUUUUCCGGCACUUUCUGUUUCCAGAGUCUGCAAGUCUUGGGAUUUUCCUUUUCAGUUUAAUUUUCCCCGUUAAACAGAAAGGUGGGUGUUUUAAUUUUUAUGUUUGUCUCUGUCCUUCUUAUGUCUUCAGAUGUGACUCGGAUAACAGGCAAACUCAGCUCUUGUUGAUUAGGAAUUUACUUUGGAAUGGAACUGGGCUGUAUUCUCCCUGGGACUUCCUCAAAUCUUGCCAUGUUUCCAGUGGAUAAAAAGGAUGAAACAAAGUAUUGGAUUGCAUUUAAUUUCCACCAAGAGCCUUUCCUCAGUGUUUGCGAGUUUUAUCCAUCCACCUCACUGCCUUUUUCAAUUUUCCAUGCUUCUAAAUGUACAAAUUCAACUCAUAAGUUCCUUAUUUUUAACGAGAGACUCCUUCCUGAAUUGCUUUUAGUUAAUUUUAUCCCUUUUCAGGAACUUUCCUGUUUUGUGUGUUCCCUGUCUCUCAGCAGGUAGAGGCUGCUGUUUCAGAUGAACUCAUAGUCUGUAGAGAUUUAUUUGCUCCACUAUAACACAGAAAGAUCGUGUGAUCAAAUAAGAAUAUGAUAGAGCAAAGGUUUAUUGAAAGCUCAUGACUUCUAUACAUUGUUGUCAAUGUUGACAGUGUCUUUUAGACAUUUCUGAGCUUAAAUGGAAAUAUAGUUUAUGGGCACAGUUCUACUAGUGACCAUUCAAGCAUUGGCACCAAGGGUUGUAACAGAAGGAUUUUCCUGAUUUAGUUUUUAGAAUUGUAAUUAUCUUUAAGUCUUUCUCUGAACUAAGGAGCACCUUAUCCCCCUGUUGAUUAAACAAUUUCUUCAAGUAGAAAUGAAGAAUAUUGGCUGAUUGCACAAUUUGAAUUUCACUGAAUUCUGCUUGUUUUAUCAGGCGUUCAUUCCUUCUGCGCUCUAAUAGAGAGGGCGACCCUCCCUGGAGAGGGUCAGGAGGUGAAUACAGCAUGCAUUCAAGCACAUUGACAAGGUUAUAGAGAAGAAACUGAGGCCUGGACUUAAAUUGGACAGUGCAUACAAAGGGUUUGCAGGAGUACGAUGGGCCGAUUGUCCCCCUUUCUGUGCAGUUUUAUUCUAGGUUGCAUUCAGCAAGCUUGAGUGUGUAUAUGUCAGUACACUGUACAAAGUCAGAUGCCUGUGAGCCUUAUCAUGCAGUAAUGAUAUCUACAGUGGAUACAGAGUUAAAUCGUGUGCCCAUGUGCGAUAUCCGACAGUUCUGUAAAUUUGCUCUCAAAUCACAAACCUAUCACAUUUUCCAUCUCUCUUAGUUCCAAAGUAAGGACUUGAAAUAUUUUGUUUCUUUCUCCACAGGCACUGCUACACCUGCUGAGUUUCUCCAGCAUUAUCAGCUUUUAUUUUAGAUCUUCAGCAUUUGCAGUGCUUUGAUUUAACAAGUGUGUUUGAUAAUGACGACUGUGAUCUCUGCAGAACAAAUCUCCCAAAACACAUCGAAUGAACCAUGUCGUGUUUGUCUGCUGCCAGUGACAUGGAAACAAGAUGCUAUGAAUUCUUUUGCCCCAGGGAUGCUAUUUCUCAAGCUGUGCAGAUAAAUUUGCCCUUAGUCACUUGUGACACAGCCAAUUUUGAAACUUCAGUGACCAUUUACAAACUACAUGUGGGAGAGGGUCAGAUGGCAGCUGCAAAUUUGUUAGUGCUCAUUUUUAACUUUCAAAUCCAUUACAUUUAGCAAAAAUGAAUGAAUCUAACCAAUCCACUGACAGAGAGAAAUUAGCAUUAUAACAUGUUUAAAUACAUUUUCAUGUGUUCUUAGGAGUCAUGUUAUGCAUAAUUUUCUCAGUGUAAGAAUUGAAUAACAUUCUGAAUGCAAACAAUAUGUAUUAAUAUAUAGCAGGCAUAAUGUACAAUAAAUUGCAUUUUAGUUUUUUUCUCA